AUUAUAUAUUUUUGUUACAUCAUUUUACGUGUUUUGUUUGUUUAAUAAUAACGAGGUUAUUUGUCAUGUUUAUUUAAUGACAAUAAGAUUGAAGAACAAAUCAAUGAUAAUGUAAAGCUGUAGUGCGAAUAUAUUUCUUUUUCUGAAUAUAUAAAGUCCUUCAUGUUGGAGUCAUUAAAUGCACUACAGUCUCAAAUCCAUUUAGUUGCAAAGACAGUUGAUCAAGUGGUAAUGAAUGGCCGGAGAAAGGUGUUAAUGUUUCAUGGCAUUCCUGAACAACUGAAUGAAGAUACCUCUCAGCUUAUAUCACGGGUUGUUCUAGACAAAUUAAAAGCUGAUGGUUUUGCAAUCGGGGAUAUUAAAGAAUCAUACAGGCUGGGUCGAUCCAGUAACCACAAUAAGCCUCGACCUAUUAUUGCUAAAUUUCAGCUGAAUAGUACUCGAAGCAGGAUUUGGUCCAGCAAGUCAAAGCUGAAGAAUACUGGUAUAACCUUGUCUGAAUACUUGACGCAUUCUCGUCGCACUGUGUUUAUGGCUACCCGUGAAAAGUAUGGAGUCAAUAGAUGUUGGACUCGUGAUGGCGUCAUACUCGUGCUUGGCCUUAACAAUACCCGGCAUCGCAUCACAUGCAUGGAAGAGCUAUAUUCGAUUGACCCCGAGCCUGCCAACUCUGUAGCUUCUCUGAAAACCGCACCCAAAACACGACGGAUUGCAGCCACAAAGAAGUAAUGUACACGAUCUUGCAUUCAUUAAUUUUCUUGUUUUUAUAUUUUGCAUAGUCCACCUCAGUCUACCUUCUGUUAACUUUAUUUUGAUUAUUACUGAAUAAUGGGUAGUCACUGAAAAUAAUAUAAUUUUGUUUCUUUUUAAUAUUUUGAAAUUUACUUGUUGUAUUCAGUUUGAUUGUUUAUGUGAAUGUCAAAAAUGAAACGUCAGUUUUGAUUUUUUUAUAUGUUACAAUAGAAUCUUAGACCAUACAGCCA